AUUCCCAAUACAUCACCUGCAAGAUGCAGAACUGCAGUGAAGCCACUCGCAGCAAGCCCUUUCCAGGCUAUAUUGACCAUAACUCCCUGAUCGUCCAGGAUGAUUAUGUCUUUGUUCAGCUGACAUCAGGAGGAAGACCUCAUUAUUAUGUUUCUUAUAGAAGGAAUGCAUUUGCACAGAUGAAGCUGCCCAAGUAUUCCUUGCCCAAGGACAUGCAUGUUAUCAGCACAGAUGAGAAUCAGGUGUUUGCAGCUGUUCAAGAGUGGAACCAGAACGACACGUACAACCUGUAUAUCUCCGACACCCGAGGGGUGUACUUCACCCUGGCCUUGGAAAAUGUCAAGAGUAGUCAAGGGCUGGAGGGGAAUGUGAUGAUUGACCUCUAUGAGGUAGCAGGGAUAAAGGGAAUGUUCUUGGCUAACAAGAAGAUUGACAACCAAGUGAAAACUUUCAUCACCUACAAUAAAGGGAGAGACUGGAGUUUGUUGCAGGCUCCGGACACCGAUCUGAGAGGAAACCCCGUUCACUGUCUCCUACCCUAUUGCUCCCUUCAUCUUCAUCUGAAGGUCUCAGAGAAUCCUUACACUUCAGGAAACAUCGCCAGUCGAGACACUGCACCCAGUAUUAUUGUAGCUUCAGGCAAUAUAGGCACUGAACUAUCAGACAAUGACAUCAGCAUGUUUGUUUCUUCUGAUGCUGGGAACACUUGGAGACAGAUCUUUGAGGAAGAGCACAGUGUUCUGUACCUGGAUCAAGGUGGAGUCCUGGUUGCCAUGAAGCACACCUCUCUGCCUAUCAGACAUCUCUGGCUAAGUUUUGAUGAAGGGAGAUCUUGGAGCAAGUACAGUUUCACAUCCCUCCCACUGUUUGUAGAUGGAGUUUUAGGGGAACCUGGAGAGGAAACUCUCAUCAUGACAGUGUUUGGACAUUUCAACCACCGCUCAGAAUGGCAGCUGGUGAAAGUAGACUACAAAUCCAUUUUUGAUCGGAGGUGUGCAGAAGAGGACUACAGGCCAUGGCAACUCCAUAGCCAGGGAGAAGCUUGCAUCAUGGGAGCAAAAAGGAUCUACAGGAAGCGGAAGUCGGAGAAGAAAUGCAUGCAGGGGAAGUACGCUGGGGCUAUGACCUCGGAGCCAUGCGUGUGCACGGAGGCAGACUUUGACUG